CUACACAGCACCCUAAUAGCCUGGCGAUCAGCCUCUUGUGACGCCCCUACAGUACUUUGGUGACCGUGUCUCCUGAUCCGCGCGAAGAGAGCUGGGACAAUUGUAAUUCAAGCUAUGUGGGGUAAAAUUUACACGGCGCGCGGAUUGUAAGUUGUAGGGCCGGGGCAAGGUUGAGUGGGAGCGAUCGAGAUCGAAUGUCUCCCAGUUGUUGCUGAACGUGUGUUGCAAAUUCGCAGAGACGAGCUUGAACAUCCUCAUCUGUAUUCGCCCUGGUGGUUAGACAGUUGUUAGGACUGAGCUCUUGGAACCAGGAAAGGAUACUGGACUGGUGAACUUGCAACUGGUUGAACACAGAUCAGUACCAGAAGGAAAAAUCUUUGCUGGUUUGGACAACACUACCUGCUUGAUCUCAGUUGUCACUCUUGCAAGGUGGCUGUCAGGGUGGAUUAGUGGACAAGUGAACUGGAGUAGGUUUGUAUUUCAGCCAUCAACAGAGGAAUACCUCUGUUUUUGGAGUGGGAAGUAGCCUAGCCUGUUUGUGACAAGUUGCUCCACAUGCUCUGGUAGCCCCAUUCAACACCCCGGGAGUUGGUCCACUCAAGCGGAAGUUGUUGCCAAGUGCCUUUCAAAAGGCAGGGGAUUUGGAGUCAGCUGUGCGUUGCAGCCAGCAGUGCGCAUUUCCUACAGUUGAUGGGAUUUUACUAGACUUACCAAAAAUGCAGCACUGGAAGGGAUUAUGCGUUGUAUUGUUGCUGAUCAUUGUGUCAGCUGUGGUUGGGCAGCAGAUUCCAGCAUCGUGUGAGGAAGGUAGCUGCUAUACUGGUAACCUUCUCAUUGGACGUGAAGACAGACUUUCAGUCACCUCAACAUGUGGCUCCAGGAGGGUCGAGCGCUACUGUAUUGUCAGUCACCUCCAGGAUGUUAAAAAGUGCUUUUAUUGCGACUCGCGGACCCCCUAUGAGAAGGGCGUGAACGAGCUCAGCCACAGGAUUGAGAACAUUGUCACCACCUUCCAGGGUGAGGACCGUAAGAAGAUGUGGUGGCAGUCGGAGAAUGGUGUCCAAGAGGUGUCUCUGCGCUUUGACCUAGAGGCCAUCUUCCACUUCACUCAUCUGAUAAUGACCUUCAAGACAUUCAGGCCCAGGGCACUUGUCAUCGAGCGGUCCGCCGACUUUGGUCGGACUUGGAGCGUUUACCGUUACUUUGCUUAUGACUGUGAGGAGUCUUUCCCUGGUGUCCCCACAGCUCCAUUGUAUAACAUCGAUGAUGUGAUUUGCGAGAAUCGAUAUUCAGCUGUGGAACCUUCAACUGAAGGAGAGGUCAUCUUCAAAGUCCUCCCACCUAACAUCCGCAUCGACAAUCCCUACAGCGAUGACGUGCAGGACAUGAUCAAGAUCACUAACCUGCGCAUCAACUUCACAGAGCUGCACACCUUGGGUGACAUUGAGCUGGACAACCGCCAAGAGAUUCGGGAGAAAUACUACUAUGCAAUCUAUGACAUGGUGGUCCGGGGGAGCUGCCACUGUUAUGGGCAUGCCACCAGCUGCAUCCCUGCUGAAGGUGUAACCUUCAAGGAGGGAAUGGUCCAAGGGAAAUGUCUCUGCGGUCACAACACAGAGGGGAACAACUGUGAGAGAUGCCAGGAAUUCUACAACGACCAGCCCUGGCGGCCAGCCACGCAUGGCCAACCCAAUGAGUGUAAACGAUGCAAUUGCAACAGUCACACUGAUCGCUGCCACUUUGACCCGGCUGUCUUUGAGAUCACCAACGGUGCCAGUGGUGGGGUUUGUGACGACUGUCAGCAUAACACCAUGGGCAGGAAUUGUGAGCAGUGCAAGCCAUUCUUCUACAUGAAUCCAGACAGGGAUAUACGGGAUCCCAACAUAUGUGUCCCUUGUGACUGUGACCCAGCCGGCUCAGAGAAUGGCGGUGAAUGUGAGAGCCAUACAGACCCUGCCAAUAACCUGAUUGCUGGCCGCUGCAUCUGUAAGCGCUUUACCACGGGAGUGCGCUGUGACACCUGCCAAGAUGGUUACUGGAGUUUACGAGCUGAAAACCCAGAUGGUUGCCAAGCCUGUGCUUGUAACACCCUGGGCACAGAGGGUAACAGAGGCUGUGACAAACAGACAGGCAACUGUGUCUGUAAGCGAUAUGUUACUGGUCGGAACUGUGACCAGUGUUAUGAAGGUUACUACGGACUGAGUGAAGAUGUUUAUGGUUGUAAGUAUUGCUAUUGUGACCCUGGUGGUGCUUAUAACAACAGCUGUAACCGCGACUCUGGCCAGUGUUACUGCCGACCCCACAUCACUGGCCGACAGUGCAAUCAGGUGGAGUCAGGCUACUUCUACACCUUCAUGGAUUACUUCUUGUACGAGGCUGAGCUAUCCCGAGUCAUGACAAUUGAUACUGUGCAACUUGAAACCCGAAUCCGUGAUGAAAACACUUAUGUCAGCUGGACUGGUUCAGGAUUCCUACGCAUCAGUGAAGGUGGUCAAAUUCAAAUUGUGGUUGACAACAUCCCUGUGUCCGGUGAUUAUGAAAUUGUCCUACGAUAUGAGCCAUUGAUUGCAGGAACUUGGGAAGACGUUCGCAUCAGCCUGACACGUCCAGGGGAGAUUCCUACUCAGAGUAUAUGCGGUAACACCAUCCCUCAAGAUGACCUGCUUGCUACCAGUUUACCAUCUGGCAAUAGAUACAGCCUUCUGUCCUCCACUUUCUGUCUGGAGAAGGGAAAGAUGUACAUCAUUAAUGUGGAUUUCAACAGCUUUGGGGGUGGGGCACCAAACCCUAAUGCUCAGAUUCUCCUGGAUUCGGUGGUACUCAUCCCACGCACUACCAACUUUGACAUGUUCAGUGGCAGUGAUAACAUCAAGCAGAAUCGGCGGGAGCAAUGGGAAUAUUACCGAUGUGGCGAGGCUCACCUGUCAGCUAUCCAUGCCCCCCUUUCGGAUAUCUGCAGAGAACUCAUGUUCAGCAUGUCAGCAGUGAUGUUUGAUGGUGCCAUGGCUUGUGACUGUGAUCCCAUUGGUUCCAAGAGUUCAAUCUGUGAUGAGUUUGGUGGUCAGUGUGAAUGCAAGGCCAAUGUCAUUGGUCGACGGUGUGACCAGUGUGCCCCAGGGACUUACGGCUUUGGACCCAAUGGAUGCUCAGCCUGUGACUGUGAUGGGCGAGGCUCACUAGACAACUUCUGCGAUCCCUUCAACGGCCAAUGUGCCUGCAUCCCCAACACUUACGGCCGAGCCUGUGAUCAGUGUGCACCUGGCUUCUGGAACUUCCCCAACUGCCUGCGCUGUGAAUGCAAUGGCCACGCACCUACCUGCGACAGUCAAACGGGAGCCUGUGAAAACUGCCAGGAUUUCACUGUUGGUCAUUACUGUGAAAGGUGUCAGGAUGGUUAUUAUGGUGAUCCAACCCUUGGCACCAACCUACCCUGUCAGCCUUGUAUGUGCCCAGGAGGUGAAGGCAGUGGUCAUCAGUUUGCAGACACCUGCUACAUUGAUCAGACCAUUCAAACUGUUGUGUGUAUCUGUGAGGAAGGCUACACAGGCAUACGCUGUGACCAGUGUGACAACAACUAUUACGGUUAUCCAUCGGUUCCUGGUGGUAGUUGUAACUUGUGCAAUUGCAAUGGUAACACCAACCCACUCACCCCAGGCAACUGUGACGCUACCACAGGAGAGUGCCUACGUUGUCUGUACAACACAGCUGGAUUCAACUGUGAUGUGUGUGCUCCAAAUUACUAUGGGGAUGCCUUACUUCGAACCUGCAGACCUUGUGACUGCAAUUUCCUUGGCACUGACCUGAGCAUUUGUGACUUGAACAACAACUGUGGGGUGUGUGACCGUGUGACUGGCAAGUGUCCAUGCCUACCAAAUGUGGUGGGUCAGACCUGUGACCAGUGUGCCCCAGACCACUGGAAGCUAGCCAGUGGUGCAGGAUGUGAGGCCUGUGAUUGCUGUGAAUAUGGCUCCACCUCUACACAGUGUAAUGAGUUUACUGGACAGUGCACCUGCCAAUCUGGCUUUGGCGGGCGCACCUGCUGUGAAUGUGAAAGCCUCUUCUUUGGUGACCCCUUGGUGGGAUGUGAACGAUGUCAGUGUGACCCACAAGGGUCUGAAACUCUCCAGUGUAAUGGGGAUGGGUCCUGUGUCUGUCGUCCUGGGGUGACAGGCAAAUACUGUGAUAGAUGUGCCCAUGGUACCACUGGUGAGGUGCCCAACUGUGAACCCUGUGGAGAAUGCUUUGAUGACUGGGAUGAAAUCAUCAAUGCUCUGAGAGUUCAAACGGAGGAACUGCUGGAGCGAGCUCGUAACAUCAAGUCAACAGGAGCCACGGCUGCCUAUGAUGAUGAGUUUAACCGUCUGGAGGGCAAGCUACGUCAAGUGGAGUCUCUGCUGACCGGCCCCAGCAUCACCGUGCAGGAUCUGGAUGGCCUUCAUAAUGACCUGGAUGAAAUCAGGGCUGAUCUGGAUGAUCUAGUCCAAAAGCUGGAUGCUGUGAACAAUGAUCUCCAAAGGACACAAGUGGAGACAUUCCGUGCCAACCGUGAGCUGGGUGCCUUAGAAGCUGAGGGGUUGACAUUGAACCUAGAUGCUGAAGAUCUCAGGGAUGAGAUUGUCAUCAUUGAAUCUUCCAAUGUGGAAGGAGCCUUCAAGAGCAUCUUAGAAAGCCGCAACAAGUCUCAAGCAGCCCAGGCAACAGUUGAUGCUGCAGAGGGAGUGGUCUCUGAGUCCAGUGGCAUCAGGGACGAGGUGGAGAGAAUCAUGGCCGAGAGGGAAAGAGAACUAGCCCAGAAACAACAAGAUUAUCAAGAUCGGCUCCGAGAAGUUGACAACCAACUGACUGGGCUGGAAGCAAGGCUAGGGGAACUGAAUGAAAAGGUGUGUGGUGGACCUGGCGACACCUGCAGUGGGGGAUGCGGUGGGGCUGGCUGUGAUUUCUGUGGUGGUCUAGGUUGUCAAGGAUCCAUCUCCAUGUCUGAGGUGGCAUUAGACCGAGCCACACAAGCAAAUGACAAAUUCCUGAGGAAGAAAGAACAGGCAGACAGCACUCUAGCAGAGAUGGACGGUGUCCGUGGACAGACUAUGGAAGCCUUAGAUCUAGCCAAGAUGGCAUACGAUGCAGCGGCUAUGGCUAGGGAUGAUGCCCAAGGUGCUCAGACCAACUUGACUGGGUUACUGCAAGCCAUCAAUGACUUCAUUGACAGUAAGCGAGUCACACCAGCAGAGAUCCAGCAAGUGGCCAGAAUGGCUUUGGAAACUCAGAUUUCCUCCACUCCGGAGGAAAUACAGGAUCUUGCCAAGCAGAUUGAGGACACGGUAGCUACUCUGGAGAACAUUGAUCAGAUCCUUAAUGACACUGCUGAGGAUCUGGCCAUGGUGCGAGCCCUGAAGGAGAGAGCUGACAAGGCCAAGGAGUUUGCUGAUGAUGUCUUGGCAUCGGCAGAGAGCGUGGUAGCUGCAUUAGCUGAGGCUGCCCAAGCCCAGGACACUGCCAGCAAUGCCAUCAAAGAAGCUGAGGGGAACAUCAAUGAUGCCAACGAUAACCUCAUCCAGAUUGAGUCAGAAGCUGGAGCAGCUAUUGACAAGGCCAACGACCUGGAUGAAAAACUGACCCAAAUGGAAGAACAGCUCAGCAGAGUCCAGGGAAAAUUUACUGACAAUGAAGAGAAAAUACGUACUGCCUUGAACUUCGCCAACACGGCCGAUGCUGACGCCGACCAGGCUAUACAGAGUGUUGGUGAGCUGGAAGCCAAGUUCAACCAGACGUCAGACCAAGUCAUGACAAAAUCCCAGGAGGCCAGUGAUGCUCGGAAGAAAGCAGAAGACCUGAUGGAAGAAGCUAUAGCCUUCCAGGAGAGGGUCAGCAGCCAACUAGAUAACCUCAGAAGGAUGCAAAGUGUCUUUGAGCAGAACAGGAAUACAAUGGUGGACCUAUCAUCACAGAUUGAAGCCCUAAACAUGAGGAUGAUGGGUUUACUACAAAAUAUCCAAGAGCGUUCAGAAUAUUACCGAACAUGCAAGGGGACCUAAUUGGAUCUGCAUUUCACAGCCGGGGGCCUAUUUCAUCCCACUACCAAGUUUUCCUCACAUUUCAUAUGGAGACUUUGUUGACACAGAAAAGUAGUUAAGGCACAUUUCGCUUGGGCAAGAAAGAAAGCUUUAAGUCAAAAAAAUAACUGCAAAUAUUAGAUAUUUUCUUUUUAAAGGGAGCAAGACUUGCAGGUUGUCCUCUUUAAGUGUUGGCACGCUUUGGAAUUAAAGAUUCUAUCACAAAUAUUGUCGCAAAUAGUUGUGAGGAAUUUUAUAAGCUGCAGCCAUCAUAUUUGACUGUCUUCCAUUAGAAUUCUUCUCGCAAAGCUGAUAACAUCACCUGAAAAAUAAAGUACAUGCCUAUGAAGUCAAGUUUUCAAACGGUUCCUUUGAGUUGAAGCACAAGGCAUGGAAUUCUGCACAAUAUCUUUCACUGAGCUUUUCUCAGCUGUAUAAAGAUAUCAUCAAUGCUCAUAAGAAAUACACAAGUACAUGUAACUUACUUUGCUAUUUCUCUGUCUUACUGUCGUCAGAUCAAACUUGUCAGACAUGUAGAUCUCAGUACUUGGUUUUACUCGUAACACUGCCAUCUCUUUGUCAACAUAUUUUUAUAUCUGCUGAACUACGCUUUUGUAUAUAAAACAAUACUCAAAGGACUGUUGCUCAAGUUAUCACUCGUAGGGUGGUGUACGUGAAUAGUACUCUAUUUUCUGUACUCUUUUUUAUUGUAUUUAUGUAACCCAUUAGUUGUUUGAUAUUGUUACUGUUGUGUAAAGACAACCGAAGCUGCCUUUGCAUUUUUUUAACUACAGAGGUUGAUAUUAGUAUAAGUCUGUUACCUGCAUUUAGCAAGCCUGCCACCUAGUCCUUGGUUUUGUCGUUAGAUGUCAGGUUUUUCCCAUUUUUUAAAACGAGGUAUUCCUGGAGAUCAACUUGAAACAACAUUCAGACACAUUACCACUAUUUUUUUGUGAUUUAGAUUUGGUUUUACUUAUCUUAUUAAUGCAACUAGAAAUAAGUACACGGGUCACAAAAAUUCUUCAAGAGGACAGAGUGCCUUUUAGCCCAAUGGUGGCCCAGUAUUGUGGGCAAUGAUCACCUGAAAGCUACAGAGGCGGACCCAUCACUGUUGUACUCCUGGUAUUGUUCUUUCAUACGUUGGUGUGCUUAGAUCUUCACAGUUUUGUUAAUGUGCUGCAGACAAGACCACAGGAGGCAGGUGUACUAAUGGAGGCAACUAGGCCACAAUAUUAGUCUUGUGUACCAGGCUGAAACCAACGGGCAGUAUUUAUAGUAGUUUGACAGUAUUUUAUAGUGUUGUGUAGAGUACUUUUUUGUAUGUAUUGGGAAUUUUGUUAACAAAAUUGUAAUUAAGGCAUUUUGAGUGAACUUGCAUGAGCAGUAAUGGCUUGAUUACCAAGCUAAUUAUAGUAUGAAUAUGACAUUUGAGAUCAGUCUGGGAUAAAUUCACACUCUUCUUUGACCAAUGCUCUCUGUUCAGUUCAGGACACACUUUAUAAAUGUCACUUCCUCUUCAGAUUGUCUGUUUGUGUACCACAUUAUUUUUUUUUCACAUUCAUUUGACCUUUAAUUCCCCCAGAACUGAGAAACCACAUCCGUGCUGCCUUGGAUAGCUUAGGAGUUUGUUCUACAUGUAUAAAUGUCUGUGUGUGAUUACCCAUUAGAUAUUUAUAUAAAGAAUAAGGUGAACAGUGUGACAGCAGAUGACAGUUGAACCACCACCCCCCCUCCAUAGAGGUAUUUGGUCAGGAAUAUGAAUGAUCGACGUCCAAUUCUGGAACAUUCAGACAGAUGGUUUGUUUACUGCUCACAGAGUUUGUUCCAUUAUACAAGGAUUGUUGUUUGACAGAAUGUGAUGGAUUCAUUGAACUGGUUUUAGAUCACUUUGUGUUUUAUCAUUGUCGUCUGUUGUCACUUUCAAACAGCAUAAGCAAGUGUGAGUUUAUCCCACUGCUCAACCAAUUGUGAGUUUUUAUAUUUAACUUUCACUACAGUUUAAAACAGAAAACUCUGUAAUCAUUUUUUUUUUAUUUUUGGACAAGGUGCUCUAGUGUGUUUUGCUUUCAUUUUGGGGGAUGUGAUUGGUGCUAUUUAGCAUUUUUGUUCAUUUGAUUUCUGUUUGAUCGACACUUAUUAAAUACAUCUAGUUUAUGUCUAUUGUAACAAGUGCUUUUGCCAAUUAAAAUCAGCUAUUGGAUAAUUUAAAUUUCAGGUUUUGAAAGAGGUCCCUUGUAAGGAAAUUGAAUCCAUUUAAGUCCAACAACUGCAUGGUGCUAGGCAAAGCAUACUGUUGACGUUGUUAAAGGUAGGUAUGAAUAAAUAAAAAGUUCAAAUGCAGUCAAGUAGGAGGUCAAUAAAAUGUUUCAGUUUAUUGGCUGACAUCCUCUGAAUAAGAGGAAUAUAAUCAGCACAUGAAAUAAAUCAUCAAUAAUUGAAAUUUUUAUGACAUUUUCAAACAUUAAGUUUGAGAGUGAUUGUAACUUGUAUGUUUGACUUUUAAAGAAUGUUCUAAUCAUUGUCCUCCACUUGAGAAGAUAUUUCAUUGGAAAUAAGAAACCACUCAUGGAAUGUAUCCCAUUUCAUACAUUACUUUUGUGGAUUUUUAAUAUCAUACAAAAAUAAAGUUUGAGCGUGGAUAGUCAAGUUUAGGUCUCCAAGGUGUUGGAAAUUGCCAACUUCCAAAACAGUUUCCAAUACUAAAGGGAGUAAUCAUUGACCUUCCACCAGAAAUGAGUCAUGUUAUAUUUGUUUUAUCAUACCUUAAACAUAAUUCAGUUGCCAUUACAAUUUCAGGAAUCAUUUAAAGUGCUUAUGUCAACAUGUCUCACCAUUUUUUUCACGUGUGGUAAGGGUGAUGCUUAUGUGUGUUUUCUCCGCAUAAGCGACAGUUCCAUAGUAGCUUUGUAAACAGUUGGGGCAUAAAGUUUACAUACACCUGGUAGAACAAGAACAGUUUUCCUUAAAGUUCACAACUUCACUCAUUUCUACCAAAUUUUCUUUCUAACUAUUUCAAACAGUAAAAGAUGUAGAGAAACUGUUUUUUUUUUACUAAGUGUAUGUAAACUUUUUGCCCCAACUGUAGCAUGUGCCUAGUUAUUGUGUUCCCCAUAUGCUUACACAUUACUUUGACAUGCUUUGAUCCUUGUCUGGAUCCAGCAUAGUUGCUGUCAUAUGAUAGUGUAUGAUUAUAGCUGCCUGUGAUUAAACUUGACAAGUACCUUCAUGCUUAAAUUUCAUCACUGGUAUUUUGUAUGCCCAGGGGCAAAAGGUCACUUUUCCAGGUCAUUGGUUUAUUUGACCUCUUGGGCAUUUUUCAGACUCAACCUCUCCUGUGACCUUUUGACUCAUUGGUCUCCAAAUGCUUGGCUGUCAUUUGGGCACUGAAUUAGAUUUUAUGAAAAUUAUUUGCUUACAAAGAUGAAAAGUGAUUCAGUCAUUUUUAGGGGUUUAACCCUGCAAUUUGCUCUAAUAUAUCUCGCUCAUGUGUCCAUUAAUCCAUGUGAAAAAAAUGAAUACUUAAACUUACUAAUUAAGUCACGUUUGGUUCGAAAUUAAUGAGUGUUUUGUUUAUCUCUUUUGUAACUGAAACAUUAGCCCUUUUAGUAACAGUUUUUUUCUGCAUAAAGUGUUGAUGAUUAGGUUGGUUUAUUGGUACUCACAAUUUUAGUAUACAGUUCAGUUGUUUGAAGAUACUACAUUUAGUUGAUUGCAUGUUACUUUGAAUUUGGUGCAAAUGCAGUAACAGGAAUCUAAUGUGUUUCUUGAAAGGCACUGUUUUAUUAUUUCAGCCACUGUGAAUGACAUCUCCUCCAUAUAGUCAGUCAAAAGGUAAAAGGUUGAUUUGAAAGAUUCUCUGGAAAAAAUGGAGUUUUUUUUAAUUAUGUUCGAAAAAUUAAACUCUGGAAUUAAAUUUAUUGGUAACACUAACAGUUUUGUAUAGAUCGUGGUCAAUCUCAAUAAAAUUCGAAUUUAAAGCCCCCAAUA